AUGCCAAUACUUACGAAAAGCCGCUACUGGACGAGGUGCCUGGAGCGAAGAAAACUUAAAAACUGCAAUGGCAGAAGUACAAAGUGGUGGUGGAGAAUGACGAUUUAUAGGGCCUCUUUUAUCUAUCAUAUUCCAAGAAAAACACUAGAAAGAAGGUUGAAACAAAACAAUUACAUAAAGGGACCUAUGGGACCAUCGUUAACCUUAGGUACAGAAAACGAAAAAAGACUGAGCAAGCAUAUAAAAGACAUGCAAUUGAGAGGCUUUCCUUUGACUAUUGAUGAUUUAAGAACAAUUUCAUUCAAGUUUGCUGAGCAAUUAGGAAAUAAACACAGAUUUAACAUAGAACCUGAGAAGGCGGGCUAUGAUUGGAUGCAUAUGUUUUUAAAAAGGAAUUCCGAUAUUUCAUUAAGGAAAUCAGAAGGGGUGUCAUAUGCUAGAAGUCAAGGGAUGAAUAAAGCAGAAGUUGAUGCCUAUUUUGAAAUGCUUGAGAGGAUUCUCAGUGAUAAUGACCUAAUAAAUAAACUUGGCCAUAUUUACAAUAUGGACGAGUCUGGAUUGCAACUAAAUAAUAGACCAGGUCACGUUUUGGCUGAAAAAGGUUCCAAAGCUUAUAGGUAG